CUUUCUCUUUCUCUUUCUCUUUCUCUCUCUCACCUUCAACGUUUCAUCUAAGAAAUUCCAUUUCUUUUGAUUUAUUUAAGGGAAGUGGUAAUUCCAAAGAAAAGAUAGAAAAAAAGAAAAAAGAAAUAAAGAAAAGAGAGAGAGAAGAAGAAGGGGAUGGGCACAUCCUCUGUUUUUCUUACUACCUAUUAUUCCUCUUCUUCUUCCUUCUCCUCCUCCUUCUCCUCCUUUUCUUAGAUCUUAGUUUUCAAUCGCUCAUUCCCCUUUUCGUUAAUGGACCUUCUUUCAUCAUUUCGUUGAUUACAGAGCAUCGGAUGUUUCAAGAUUCAAUCUGGGUUUUCUUUAUUUUUGUUGUUUGAAGCGAUUCCCAGUUGGGUUUUGUCUCAAUUUUCAGUUAAGAAUCGACCCCUUUUUGUUACUUGCGUAGCUGAAUGAAUCCCACAUUUUCCUUUAAACUAGAUUGGAUUGUUUUUGUAUUUCGGAUUUAAAAAAAAAAAUUGGGAUCGGGUUAUAUGGUCUGAAAUUGAAUGAUUUUGUUUUUUAAUUGGGCAUUUAAAUCGAAAUUCAUUGGAUGAUUGAUUGAUUGUUUGGUAAUAGAAAACAAAACAAAGAAAGAAAAAAAGAUGGAAUCAGAUCUUGGUAAGCUCUUCAUUGGUGGAAUUUCGUGGGAUACUGAUGAAGAGCGUCUUAGGGAAUAUUUUGGCCAGUAUGGCGAAGUGGUCGAGGCUGUGAUCAUGAGGGAUCGCACCACUGGUCGUGCUCGUGGCUUUGGUUUUGUUGUCUUUGCAGAUCCUGGUGUAGCCGAGCGAGUCAUUUUGGACAAACACGUUAUCGAUGGUCGAACUGUUGAAGCUAAAAAGGCUGUCCCAAAGGAUGAUCAAAACAUGUUGAAUAGAAAUAGUGGUAGCAUUCAUGGUUCUCCUGGCUCUGGACGAACGAAAAAGAUCUUCGUUGGAGGUUUAGCUUCGACGGUCACCGAGGCUGACUUUCAGAAGUACUUUGAUCAGUUCGGAACAAUCACUGAUGUUGUUGUUAUGUAUGAUCACAGCACCCAAAGGCCAAGGGGUUUUGGCUUCAUUACAUAUGACUCGGAGGAAUGCGUCGACCGUGUGCUGCAUAAAACUUUUCAUGAACUCAAUGGAAAGAUGGUUGAGGUUAAGAGAGCAAUCCCAAAAGAGCUAACCCCAGGGCCCAACCGGAGCCCUCUUGUAGGAUAUAACUAUGGUAUGAGUAGGCCUAGUGGUUUUCUUAACAGCUAUACACAAGGCUAUAAUAUGAGUCCUUUGGGAGGUUAUGGAGUUCGGCCAGAUGGUAGGUUGAGUCCAAUAAUUAGCAGUCGAACUGGGGUUCCUCAUUUUGGUACUGCUAAUUAUGGGGUGGGUGUGAAUUUGGAGCAAGGAAUGAGGCAAGGCUAUGGCAGGACUUUGAACGUUAUGAAUAGUCAAGCGCAAGAACAAAUGUUGAAUUCCUAUUAUAAUGGCAAUUCAAAUAGGUACAUUGCCCCAAUUGGCUAUAGUGGGGGCAAUGGAAGAGGCGAUUCUCCCUUAAGCUCGAGUACGUGGAAUGUCUGGGGAAAUGGAAGUAUGAGCAAUGCCAUGAGCUCCUCUGGCCCCGGCACUUUCUCUGGCUCUGGAACAGGGAACUUUAGAGUGGCAUAUGGAAAUAAUGAUGAUAAUUGGAAUUCGCCUGCUGUUGCUAAUCAUGUUGGGGCAAACGUUCCUGGCUAUACUUUUGGAAACAAUAAUGGCUAUGCAAUUGGAGACAAUAAUGGCUUUGGGUUUAGAGGAGGCUAUGGAAGAAAUGGAGUAGUAUCAAAUGUGGCAGCACGAAAAGCAUUUGUUGAAACGAACAAUGGUUACGAGAGGUCAUAUAGAGACUUGUAUCGUGAUGAAGUGGUGCAUGAUGAUUCGACUUGGCAGUCUACCGCUCCUGAACUGGAUGGUUCCGUGUCUUUUGGUUAUGGUCUUGGUAAUCUUGCUUCAGAUGAUCCAGCCAAAAGUUCUGAGAGUUUUCUUGCAAGUUAUGAUGUUUCAAGCAGACAAUCAACUAGAGGAAUUGCUGCUUAGAAAGAUCGUUUGUUGUUUGGAUUUUCCAACAUGAUUGGAGGAGUUUGAAUAUAAUGCAAUGAAUCAAACAUACCAAGAAGAAGAAGGGAUUUGGAUUCGUGAUUUUUAUACCGCUCGUUGAAGUUGAUGAGCUAAAAAGAAAAAUGGAACACUGAUCUCAUAACUUUUGACUUGGUUCCUCGAUCAAAAGGCGAUACAUAUCAUAUAUAUAUAGAUUUUGAAAGAAGAAAGGUGACAACCGAAACCGAGCAUUGUAAUUUUUUUUUUCCUUUUUCAUUUGCACUUUCUUUUCUUUUUUGUUUUUUUCGUUAACGAAGACAUAGGCUUGUUUCUUGGGAAUUUGAUUGAGAUGUAAAACCAGAUUGGCAGCAGAUCAUAGAGAUACUCCAGAAGAAGAGUGAUAUUUUCAAUUAUUUUUAUCAUGCAUCCCAUAUCCAAAGUGAGGCAUGGAAGUAGUAAUAUCAUUUAAAUGAGGAAAAGAAACCGAUGAUUUAUAUUUUUUUCUAAUACCAUAUAUCCUUUCAUUUCUUUA